AUGGUGAUAAUUGUCACAGUUGAUAAUGCUAAACCCAAUGAUGUGACUCUUGAUUAUUUGAAGAAUAAGUUGGAGGUGAAGGAUGGUUGUAUGUUGGGAGGCCGAUUCUUGCACAUAAGAUGUGCUGGUCAUAUAUUGAAUCUCAUUGUGCAAGAGGGAUUGAAAGGCAUUCAUAACUCAAUUGUUAAGGUGAGGAAUGUAGUGCAAUUGAAUUCCACAUAUCUUAUGUUAGAGGCAGCCAAGAAUUUUGAAACAGCCUUUGAUAGGAUGCAUGAAGAGGAUGUGGAAUAUAGUUCUUACUUUAUGGAGGUAGUUGGAAAUGAGAAACAGAAGCACAUAGGUCCUCCCAAGGGUGAGGAUUGGGUGAAUGUCAAAAUGUUUUGUAAUUUUCUCCGGCCUUUUUAUAAGGUAACUCUACGUUUUUCUGGAUCUUUAUUUGUCACUUCAAAUACUUAUUUUUGUGAGCUAGUGGGCAUUCAAAAUGAAUUGCAUAGAUUGUGUGGCAUUGAUGGUGAUCCUCUCUUAAAAGAAAUGGCACAAUCUAUGAAGGAAAAAUAUGAGAAGUAUUGGGGAGACAUUGAAAAUAUGAAUUUAAUGAUGUUUAUUGCCAUGGUUCUUGACCCAAGAUAUAAGAUGAAAUAUUUGAAAUAUUGGUUUAAUAAGUGGUAUUCAAAAGAGAAGGCAGAGUUUGCUUUAAAAUUGGUAAAGGAUGCUUUAGAUGAGUUGUAUGCCCACUAUGCAAAGGAUAUUGAAUUAUCAAGUGCUAGGGGCAAUGGGCAGGCCAUUAAUGUUGGUUCUUCAAUAGAAUCAAGUGCUAGUUUUCCAUAUGAUCCAUGGAAGAUUGCUUCACAUGAGUUCGAUGAACACAUAGCUACAGAAGAUGAUAAUGAAUGCACUACUGAUGUGGACAAAUAUCUUAAUGAAGCUAGUGAAAAAAAAAAAAAUAAGGAGGGUUUUGAUAUUUUGGCUUGGUGGAAGGUGAAUUAUACUAGAUAUGUAAUCCUUUCCGAGAUAACAUGA